AUGAGGGAAGUUAAGAGUAAGAAAAAUAUAUAGAAAAACUCAAAAAAAGUUAAAAAGAAUAGUAAAUAAAAGCAGUAAAAUAAAAAAGAGUAAGAAGUAGUGAUAUAAAACAAUAUUAUUGAGUAAGAUGAAAUAAGUGAAUUUGAUGAUGGCUCUUUUUCUGUAGGCCUUCAUGAUUCAGAAGAUUAUAGUUAAAUUAAUGAUUAUGGUAAUUUUGAUAAUUUAAUUAAAUAAGGGGCAGAAAUAUAAGAACAAGAUGACUAUGAAUAUGCAAUAUUGUAUUUCAAUAAAGCAAUAGAAUUGGCUCCAGAAAAAGAUUAAGCCUAUUAUUACAAAAGUUAUAUAUUAUAUAUAUAAUUUAUUAGGUCUUUCUUUACAUAAAUUGAAUCAACAAGAGAAAGCCUUAAAAUAUAUUAGAAAAGCCUUAGAGAUUGAUCCUGAAAAUGAAGAUUCUUAAGAUUUAUAGAGUAAUAUAAUUCAUUAUUUUUAGGUAAAAUAUUAAAAAAAAUGAAACGUUAAGGAUAAGAUAUUAAAAUAGCUAAAAAAAAAAAAAAUGAAUAUGCAAAAUAAUUAUAGAGAGGUUAAUUGUUAAAUGAUUUUAGCUUUUAUCUUAUAAGAUUUAAGAUAAUAUCUUAAAGCAAUUGGUAGUUAUAAUGAAAUUCUCACCUUUGAUAUUGAUUAAUAAAUGAAGGAAUCAGUAUUGCUUAAUAAAGGUAAUUUUAUACCUAAUUAUUUAGGUAUUUCACUAGGUCUUAUAAAUCGUUAUGAAGAGGAAUUGGCCUGUUAUAAUAAACUUAUAAAAUUAAAUCCAAAAAAUCCUGAAGUAUAUUAUCAAAAAGGUCUGAAAUCUAUUAAUUUAUUUUAGGUCUCUGUUUAUAGCAUUUGAAUGGAUAUAGAAAAUCAUUAGAACUCUUUUAAUAGACUUUGCAAAUCAAUCCUAAUCAUGUAAAAGCCAAUAAUUGUCGAAGUAAUUUUAAAUAUGAUUAUUUAGAUGAAGUCUUAAAACAUUUAGAAAUAAUAUCAAAAACUAAGCAUAUAGUUAAAAAAGGAAGUUGUGUAAAAAAAAAAAAUAAGAAAUGAUUUUUCAUUCUAAAAUAUC